AUGUCCUUGUUGCAUACUACUCUUGGAUCGAAUGAAUGGCGCUCUGACAGAAUGCUCCGAUCGCAUGGAUUGCUCAAGUGCCUAGCGCAAUGCCACGUUGUGCUUGGUUUGAUAAUUUUUAUAUUGGCUGCAUUAGCAGAUUAUAUGAGCUCACGAAUUCAUACAAUUCGAAUGAUUGGUCUUGAGGAAUGUUGCUCGUUCUACUUCAUCUUAACGGGUAUCAUUGGAAUUUGUGGUUCAGCCAGUCAUCGUCGUGGUCUAAUAUUGGCAUUCAUGGUAAUGAAUCUGCAUGCAAUCCUUAUUUUCGUACCAGCAAUUGUAAUUGUUUCUAGCUUCGAUAUACAUUUUUACCAGGCUGAAUGUUUCGGUGAAUGUGAUUGGCAUCUGCUAGCGACUAGUUUGCCGGAAAAUAGUCGAUGUCAAAUCCUUUGUGGCGAAAAUAUUGACGACAACAAGAGAAGUUUGAUGACACGAUUGGGGACUGAGUAUCGUUUGGAUGCUGGGAUUAUUGCAGCAACUAUCUUGCAACUGGUACUAUCUCUUUUUUCCGCAUCACUUUGCUGUCGGGAAAUAUGUAUUGAGUGUCAGCCGAUCAUGUGGAAUCAUGAGAAUCAGCAGCUGGAUAUGAUAAUGCCGCUAAACUUGCAGGAUGGUGCUUCGAACUAA